AUGUCCGAUACCGCAGAUGUCUCCGGCCACCCAACAGCCGUUCACGCAAUGCAUGACGGCGCCUCGACGGCGAAAAACGCCUGGUCACUAGGAACACCAACCGCACCGCAUGGAGCCGUUGGGGCUGCAUUGGUCGGAGGCUGCGCAGUCGGUCUUGGCGGAGACGGCGAUGACAUAGGCCGCAAUGACAAUGAGGGUGCACAGGAACUUCAUGUUGAAGGUGCAGAGGUGACGGAUUUUGGUUUGAAGGAGUAG